UCCGCGUGGUUACUCCUUUACGGCCGCGCACCUCCUUCCCCUCUCGUGCCCGAGGAACGAACAUGGAGACAGAUGGAAAAGUGAUCAAGUGCAGGGCAGCUGUAGCCUGGGAGGCUGGGAAGCCUCUCUCCAUUGAAGAGGUGGAGGUCGCCCCGCCCAACGCCCAUGAAGUCCGCAUCAAGAUCUUUGCCACGGGGGUGUGUCAUACCGAUGCGUACACUCUGAGCGGGAGUGACCCCGAGGGACUGUUCCCCGUCAUCCUGGGCCACGAGGGCGCUGGAACAGUCGAGAGCGUCGGGGAGGGCGUCACCAAAUUCAAGCCAGGUGAUACCGUCGUCCCCUUGUAUGUGCCGCAGUGUGGGGAGUGCAAGUUCUGCAAGAAUCCCAAAACCAACCUAUGCCAGAAAAUCAGGGUAACCCAGGGCCGGGGUCUGCUCCCCGACAACACCUCGCGCUUCACUUGCAAGGGAAAGCCGGUGUUUCACUUCAUGGGCACCAGCACCUUCUCUGAGUACACGGUGGUCGCAGACAUCUCUCUGGCCAAGGUGAACGAGAAGGCUCCUCUGGAUAAAGUCUGCCUCCUGGGAUGUGGCAUUUCUACCGGUUAUGGUGCUGCUCUGAACACCGCCAAGGUCGAGCCCGGUUCAACCUGCGCCGUGUUCGGCCUCGGCGCCGUCGGCCUGGCUGUCAUCAUGGGCUGCAAGGUCGCCGGGGCAACCCGCAUCAUCGGCGUGGACAUCAACGGCGACAAGUUCGAGAAAGCGAAGGAGUUCGGCGCCACCGAGUUCCUGAACCCCAAGGAGCACAGCAAGCCCGUCCAGGAGGUGCUGGUGGAGAUGACGGACGGAGGAGUGGACUAUUCUUUUGAGUGCAUCGGAAACGUGCAGAUCAUGAGAGCUGCUCUGGAGGCGUGUCAUAAAGGCUGGGGUGAGAGCGUCAUCAUCGGCGUGGCCGGCGCUGGACAGGAGAUCUCCACCCGACCGUUCCAGCUGGUGACGGGCCGCGUGUGGAGGGGCACAGCCUUCGGAGGCUGGAAGAGCGUGGAGAGCGUCCCUAAGCUGGUAGAAGACUACAUGAACAAGAAGCUGAAGGUGGACGAGUUUGUGACCCACACUCUGCCCUUCGAGAAGAUCAAUGAAGGCUUCGACCUCAUGCACGCCGGAAAGAGUAUCCGCACCGUGCUGACCUUCUGAAGCGCCUCAAACGUUGACGUCCUUCACGACUCCGCCUUGAAACCGUCUAACCCUCACAGCUGCAGCACUUACGACUUGUUUUGACGGCGUUGCUUUCUUUCAGUGUUAGAAGACGAUUUGUAACGGCACCGCACACGUUUGAAACAAAAACAGUGUCAUUAAAAUGUUUGAGUUGGCGUUCA